CAACAAAAGCGACUAAAUUAGUGCAAAAUUUUACAACACAUGUCAUGUAAAAAAAAAAAGAGUGUGUGUGCGUGUGUGUAUGUGCGUGUAUGCAUGCAUACAUAUCUGUGUGUGCGUGUGAGGAAGUUAUAGUUUAAUGUUGGUUAGUCUCAAUUGUCGACGGCGACGCAUUGCGGCUGAUUGAUGCCAGUUGCUGCUGUUGUUGUUGGCUGCUACUUUGGACAAACAAAUCAUGCAACAUGAGCUGAGAACUGAAUGUGUUUUUAACAUUAAAGCUAAAAAACUAGCAACUAGCAGCAGUAGCAACUCAAAGAGCUCGUGAUUAUUUCAAAACGGAAACGGAAAUCAAGUGCUGGCUAACGCCAAAGAGAAGAACAGUCAUCUGCAGCAGCUGCGGGAGUCGAGACUCGAGAGUCGGGAGCCGGGAGAAGAAACAAAAAUAGUCGUCAGUCGGCAGUUGAAAACAAUGCAAAUUAAAAUACAAUAAAAUGUAAAACACGGCAGCAACAGCAACAGCAACAACAGCGACAGCAACAGCAACAACAACACAGACGACGGCAGCAGCAGCUGGGAAACAAAUCUAGCUAAAAAGAGAAAGAGCGAGGGCAAGAGCCAGCGGACACGCCAGCAACAUAAGCAGCAAGCAGCAGCUAAGGGCAUAAAAAGGCGCCAAAGCAAUAAAAAUAAAACUAAAUAAAUAAAUUCAAAAGAAGAAAAAAAUAAAUAAAACAAACAAUGUAAGCAACGGUACUCAAAAUUCAUUCAAAAGUUAAAAAAAAAAAAAAUAAAUACGCAAAUAAUACGUCUCAGCCAACGAAAACGCGCGCAAAACGCGAGUGUAACGCGCGUGAAACGCUACAAAACAAAACCAAAAACAACAAGCGGUACAACACCAACAACAACAACAACAAGGCCGCAAAGUUUGCCUAUAAAUGUACCAGGACAGCAGCUGCAGCAGCAGUAGUCGACGUGGCAGUGCAGCAACAGCAACAGCAGCAGCGGGAGCAGCAGCAGCAGCAGCGACGGCAGCAACUGGGGACGAGGACACGUUCGAGGCGCUGGCAAUAAUAACAACUACAACCAUAACAACGACAGCUGAUGCCAAAGUAGGCGCUGCCGAGGCAAUAACAACAACAACAACCACCACCACACUGAUAACAGCAGCAACAACAGCAGCAACAGCAACAACAGCAACGAGCGCAGCCAGCAGCAACAACAGCGACGACGACGACGACGACAUCUACACCGACGCCGACUUAGAUAUUGAGUGUACCACCGCGCACGGCUCCCGCCUGCCAUCCUCGAACCUAAGCAACAGCAGCAGCAGCAGCUGCGGACAUGCCGCGCUGUUCAGCGACGCACAACGACAACAAAAGCAGCAACAGCAACAGCAGCAGCAGCAGCAACAGCAGCAGCAACAGCAACGGCAGCAACAGUUGCAGCUGCAACAAACGCAACGCGCCGCCGCUGCCCUAAACGCCGAUGUGCGGCUGCUGUGCCAAAUUGGAUACAUUGCAUCCCGGGUGCGCUGCCUGGCCAAGUAUUACGGCGACUUUCACCUGGUCAAUCCAUACAGUGCACAGCGGCAGCGACGCCAGCUGCAGGAGAUAUUGCUAAAGCACUCGAUAUUCGAUCCGGGACGCGAGCGCGAACGGGCGCUGGUGCUGGCCGCGGCGACGGCGGCCGUUGGCGCAGCCACAGCAGCAACUGCAACUGCAACAGCAACAGCAACUGCAACAGCGGCAAUUUUGAGUCGCAGUCAGAGCUGCAGCAGCAGCUGCUUUGAGCCGGAGCAACAGGACGAGGCAGAGCAGUUACAGCUACAGCUACAGCUACAGCUGCAGCAGGCAUACGAAUCGGAGCUAGAACCAGAUUUUGCUGAGGAGGACGAGGAGCUGGCCAUUGCCACCGCGACAACAACAACAACAACAACAGCAACAGCAACCACAACAACAACAACAGCAACAGCAACAGUGCGACGCAAGUCCUCGGCAAGCAGCACAGCUAGUGGUGCAGCAACGGCAACCGCUACCGCAACGGCAACAGCAAGCGCAUCCGCGAGCGGAUCGAGCAGCACAUCUGCAUCGCUCUUGACGGCAGCCACGCCCAUAGCGCUGCUGGAGGAGCUGCUUGUGCAGUUGUACGAGGAUCAGGAUCAGUGUGGCAGCAAGCUAACUGUUAUACGCAGACGAAUCGCCUGCUCUGACAACCUAAACAACCUUAACAACAACAACAAUAACAGCAGCAGCAGCAACAACAACAACAGUAACAGUAACAGUAACAGCAUCAACAACCAAAACAACAACAGCAGCAGCAUUGGCCACAACAGCAACAGCAACAGCAGCAGCAGCUUCAGCAACGGCCACAGCCUGACCAUGUCCACAUCCAUGUCGAACAUGGUCGAUGCAGCACCAACAACAGCUGCCAGCGCGGCAGCAACUGUUGCCGGCGAUAUUGCUGUUGUGCUGCCCACCAGUAGCAGCAGCACCGGCGUCGGUGUCGGCGUCGGCGUUCCUAGUCAGCACCAGGCACGCGCCUAUCUGCAGCCCUCGGGGGAUGCCGACAAUCCGCGUCGGCGUCGCGCCAGCGACUGCUCAGCGGUGCAGGCCGCAGCCGCAUUCUCCAAUCAGCUGCACCGCAUCACGCUGAAGAACAACAAUUGCACAGCGGCAGCGGCAACAGGAGGCAAGCUGCCCUUUCAUCGCGGAAGCUGCGGCGCCGCCGGCGAGCAUCUGCUGGCCGCCAAUUCGAUUGCAAAUCGCGCCACCAUCAUUCUGAGCAAGUCCUGCAGCAAUGUGGACGGCGAUGUUAGCCUGACGACAACCGUCGGCAACAAGCUGCGCGCCAGCGCCACCGACAUUGAGAGCAACUCGAAUGCGCUUAACGGUGGCCGCACUGACGCUAUGAAGGCCAUUGCCGAUGCGGCAUCUAACAAUGGCAACAAUGAGUACAGCAUUCUCCAGCUGAACAAUACGAUCAUUCAGUGUCAUUUCAAUGAUGAUGAUUUUCGCGCCCUUGUCAAGGAUCUCAAGCGCAAGGUUGAGUACACGGAGCGCAUGAAUUGGCUAUGUCUCUCCAAUCGGCCAUUGGGCCCGCCACAUCGCAAGAGCAGUCUACCAAAGCAUCAGGAGGUGAAGCGUCGCUUCCUGCAAAUUUGUGAUACCAACUUUUCGAAUGAGGUGAAGGCGGCCCUACGUCUGCCGGCCUUCGAUUCGUAUGAAUGGGGCGAUGCCGAUGUCAUCCACCUAAUGCAGACCAUGUUCCUCGAGCUUGGCUUCGUUGAGAAGUUUAGCAUACCCGUCGAUACGCUGCGCGAGUGGCUCUAUGAGGUCUACAAGCACUACAAUGAGGUGCCAUUUCACAAUUUCCGGCAUUGUUUCUGUGUCGCCCAAAUGAUGUACGCGAUUACACGUCAAGCGAAUUUACUGAACCGUCUGGGCGAUCUGGAAUGCCUCAUAUUGCUCGUGUCCUGCAUUUGCCAUGACCUCGAUCAUCCUGGGUAUAACAACAUAUAUCAGAUCAAUGCACGCACCGAACUGGCGCUCAGAUAUAAUGACAUCUCGCCGUUGGAGAAUCAUCAUUGCUCGAUUGCAUUCCGCCUGCUGGAGCAUCCCGAGUGCAAUAUAUUCAAGAACUUUAGCCGGGACACAUUCAACACCAUACGGGAGGGCAUCAUCCGCUGCAUCCUGGCCACCGAUAUGGCGCGCCACAACGAGAUCCUCACGCAGUUUAUGGAGAUAACGCCCAUCUUCGACUACAACAAUCGUGCGCACAUCAAUCUGCUGUGCAUGAUACUCAUCAAGGUGGCGGACAUCUCGAACGAGGCACGGCCCAUGGACGUGGCUGAGCCCUGGCUGGAUCGCUUGCUCCAAGAGUUCUUUGCACAGAGCGCCGCCGAAAAGUCCGAGGGUCUGCCGGUGACGCCGUUCAUGGAUCCCGAUAAGGUGAGCAAGCCCGGCUCCCAGGUGCGCUUCAUUGGGCUCGUCCUAUUGCCGCUCUUUGAGGCGCUAGGCGAACUGGUGCCGGAGCUCACAGAGCUGAUUAUCAUACCCGUGCGCAUUGCACUGGAGUAUUACAGGCGACUCAACGAUGCGCAGACUAAGACGCGCAAAUCCGUGGCAGACAGCAACGCCUCGGCCACAUCCGAUAGCAACAGCGGCAACAUGGACUCGAAUGCGGCCAUGGUCAGCACGCCGGGCAACAGCACGGCCGAUAAAUUAUUGAUGGACAAACAGGGGACAGGCCCAGCUUCUGGCGUGGGUGGUGCUGGUUCUGGCGCCGCUGGCGGUGGAGGCGGAGGUGGAGGCGGUAGCAGCUCCCCCCAAAUGCCACGAUCCGGGUCCGGAAUCAGCGUCAAGUCGCGCCGCAGCAUACCCUCACAGAAGUCCGCAUCGCGCACAUCUGUGGAUGAGCCAGGCGGCAUGGCCGCCGAGCUGCACGAUCUGCCCGAGGGCAGCGAAAGUGGCGACUCUGAAACGGCCACCGAGGUGGAUGUGGCCGAGAAGACCUCCAAAUUCAAAGUGGACACUGAGGGCUGCAGCAAUCGCAGCAAAUCCUCGCACUCCACCUCGCGCAAAUCCUCGCGCGAGAAGCGUCCCUCGAUGAUUGGCGAACUGUGCAGCAGCGGCGGUGGCCAGCGCAUGCGCAACUCCUAUGGCAACAUCCAUGGCUAUCAUGGCAAUCGCUGUCAAUUUGGCAGCAAUCGCGCCGUCAGCCUCGACCAGUACAGCACCAAUAAUCGUCGUCUGUCCGAUGGCCUGCCCCAGGUCAUCUCUGACAGCAAUGUAUUUUAUGGGCGCCACAAUCGCAACAGCCUGGAGCAGCAGCUGGCUCAGCGGGGCGCUGGACGUGCCAGCGAGGACCUCAACAUGAACACUAGCAACAACCAGGCGCCAGUUGCACCAGUGAUGCAGCAGCCCCUCUUGCAGCAGUCGUUGCUGCCCACUGCACAGCAGCUGCAGCAGCAGCAGCAGCAGCAGCAGCAGCAGGAGAAGAAGAAGGAGAAGGAUAAGUUGCCAGCUACAGCAGCUGCAACAGCAGCUACUGUUGCUGCAGCUACCACUAAUGGCAACAUAUCGCCGACGCUCAACCAAACGCUACCCAGCAAUGGUAGCGCCGCAACUGCAACUGUUGCCGACGAGCAGCAGCAACAGCAGCAACAGCAGCAGCAGCAGCAGCAGCAGCAACAACAGCAGCAGCAGCCCGGGGGCAGCAACAGCAGCAGCUCGUGGAAGUCGCGUUUGCGUCAGUUCUCGGAUUACUUCACCUUCAGCUUUGACAAGGGCAACAAGCGCUUUGGCAGCACACGCAGCAGCCCUUGCGCCGUGCGCGGCAACAACAAUGCGCCGGCCAACGACAGCAGCAGCAACAGCACCGACAACAACAGCGCCGACAAAGUGCAAGUGGCGGCCACCUGUUGCACCAUUUCGAAUAGCCUGCCGUCGCCAGGCGUCCAGGUUGUCGUUCCAGGCAUGGCGGUUGGCCUCACCAGGCAUCGGGCCUACAGCUUGGACGUGCCCUGCAGCCGUCAUGCCGCAACACGCUACUCAUCCGCUGACAGCAGCAGCCGCAUAUCGUCGCGUCACGACGAGCACAACAACAGCAACAACAGCAACAACACGCUCCACAGCAGCAGCGGCAUCAUCGGCGAACUGUCCGGCGUACGCAUACAGAUUGGCGGCGCUGAGGAUGGCGGCAUUGAGUAUGCAGCUGGUGCUGUUUAUGCUGCUGGUGGUGGUGGUGCUGGUGGUGCUGGUGAUGCUGGUAGCGUAGUCAUCGAGCCGCCAAGACUUUUGCCGCCUAGCAUUAGCUGUGAGCUGGGCUUGGCCAGUGGCUCCUCGUCGGAGGCGGUGCCAAAGAUUUGACAACAGGGGAGCUCCGAUACGACAAACUCAAAUACAAAUAAUUCGCUCUGCAAUCAGGCGGCAUUCCACACGGCCGAAGCGGAGGCGAUUGCCAAUGAUAGCGAUGACGCGGACGGCAGCAGUGAGGCGGAUGCACUGCACCAGGACAGCUCCAGUUGCGAGGUAUCAUCGAUGACGAUGACCGUGUGGUCGGCCAUUGGCCAUCGGCUCAAUGCGCUCGUCUGCCAUUGCUGUGAGCGGAAGUUGCCCGAGCCGGAGAAUGUGUAAGAAGGAAACGCCAAAUAUAGUUAGCUGAAACGGAAACGGAAACGGAAACAGAAACGAAAACGAAUCACACACAUUGCCAUUGCUAUCAAUAAUCGUUUAUCGAUACCAUGCCACUAAUCGCCCAUCUCAACCCACAUGAGUAAUAAUUUAUUGAGUUUAGUUUAUCGGUAAUUGUUGGCCAAUAGCAUGCAUCAUCUAUUGCUUAUCGUCAGCAUAAUUACAUUAACGUUUGACAUCCAUCGAUAAUCCAGCAACAACAAUUUAUCGUCUUUUGACGACAUCACGACAUAAUCAUUUAUCGACAAUCAUUCAUCGUUAGAGGGUUGCUAGCUGCCUAUCGCAAAAACAUACAUAAUUUAUUGAUUGUAGUUGCUCGAUAAUAUAUUAUCGAUAACACUUUAAGUAUCGAUAGUACACCAGUAAUGGUCGAUCAAUAAUUGUUUAUCAACAGCCCUUCCAUCUAACGCCCAUCGAUAUCGAUAACAAUAUACCGAUAUUCGUUAAGCAAUUAUCAUUUAUCAACCAAGCUGUUAUCGAUAACACGUCAAUAAUCACAAAACUCCAAUCACAUCCGAUGCGCGCCCAAUGUUUUAAAUUUUAACAAUUCUAAUGCAAGUUAAAUAUAUUUUUUUUUUUAUC